AUGAACGGCGGAUCCGAUGUUGACGUCGUCCAGCACGUUCUACGCCACAAGACGGACUACUACCGCAUCUUCAACCUCGAGCGGAGCUGCACCGACGCGCAGAUCAAGUCCGCCUACAAAAAAAUGGCCCUACGAUGCCACCCCGACAAGAACAAACAUUCCAACGCCGCGGAGGCCUUCAAGAUCGUCGCGGAGGCGCAUUCGACGUUGAUCGAUGCGGGCAAGCGGCGCGUUUACGACCAGGUCGGCCCCGCCGGCGUCCAACAACACGAGCGAAGUGGGGGGCGCCGCUCCUACGCGGCCCAUCCCGCCGGGGGGGUUUUUAUGGCGGGCGGCGGCCACGCCGCCGCGCGGGACAUCUUCGAGGAGUUCUUCGGCGGCGGCAUUUUCCAUUCCUACCCGCGGAAUUUUUAUCCCCCACCCCCCAUCCUAGGGCCGCGGCCGGCGGCGCGGCCGGGGCGCGCGGCCCCUCCGACGCCGACGCGACCCAGGGUCUUUUUAUGA